AUGGCUAAGUACCAAAUCAUCAUCCUCCAGACUGGCAGCUUUGACAGCAACGUAUCAAUGAUCGAACGCCGGUAUUCUGAUUUUGAAAAGCUGCACACGAGCCUAUUUAGGGAGUUUUAUGACGAAAUGGAAGACAUUGUCUUUCCCAAAAAGAUCCUGACUGGCAAUUUCCUGGACGAAGUCAUCCUGGAGAGGAAACUAGCUUUCCAGGAUUAUUUGCGAAUUCUAUACUCCAUGGAGUUCAUCAGGACCUCACAGGUGUUCAUUGACUUCUUAACGAGGCCGGAGCUGGAGGAGGCCUACAGCUGCCUUCGGGGAGGACAAUAUACCAAAGCUUUGCAAGGUCUUCUGGAGGCCAUAGCGUUGCAAGAGAAGCUCACAAAGCACAGACCCAUUCUGCUGGCUCCCACCCUCUGCGCCAUCCUUGUAUGUCACAAAGAUCUGGAGAACUUCAAAAGUGCCUUCGAAUUUGGAGAAAAGGCCCUACAACGGUUAGAAAAACACCCUGGCCACUGUUACUACCUGCCAUUGCUAGAAACGAUGAUCUCCUUAGCCUACGAGCUCGGGAGAGACUUCUUGUUCUUCCAAAAGAAGAUGGAAGAGAGGAAGACCAGAAAUCUCCCACAGAAAAUGUUGACACUGAAGGAACUGACAGUACAGGAAUAUGUGCAAUGA